UUAAGAAAAAUAAUUCAAUAAUUCUAUUAAUUAAAUAAAACCUCCUCAACACCGCAUCUAGUCACUAUAUCUCUCCAAAAUGGUCAUUCCUAAAGAAACUCUUACCGAUUUCAAAGAAAUCUACGAAAAAGCUGUAAAAUUAGUUAAUGAAGAAUCAAAAAAUGACCCACCCACUGAACCUUAUCGGUCACAUUACACAGCCCGUGACCUGCUCAUUGGCCUCAAAGAAAACCUAGAAAAAUCCAUUUCCACCGAGGAAACAAAUUCGGAAAAUCAAUUCACUUACAAGGUCAUUUUGGCCUUUGUUUAUCGUGAUUUAGGACGAAUUUAUGUUUUCACUGAAGAAAGUCCAAUUGGUGAAAAACAUUUGCGAAUUUGUUUGGAAAGUAUUGAAGAACAUCGAAUGAAGCCAGAGGCUAUAAUUUCUUAUGUUGGGGCAUUGAAUGAAUUGGGUAUUGUUCAUUCAAAUCGACAAGAGUCGAAAGAGGCUUUUGAGGUUUUGAAAAAAUCCGAAGAAGCUUAUAAUGAAUUUAAAGCUUCUGGGAAAAAUGCAAUGACAAUCACUGAUAUCUUUGGAACUAUCGAAGAAGUCGAAGAGGGCAAAGGUCCGGCAGAGCUGGAAAGUCUGUAUACCCUUUGCACUUUCUAUAUGGCUCAGGUUUACUCUCAUUUGGGUGAAUUGGAGAAAUCUGCCGAAUAUUGCCAUCAGACUUUGAGGAGGCAAUUGGCGGCCAAGACUUAUGAGCAUAUUGAUUUCGCUUUGAAUGCUGCCACAUUGUCGCAGUAUUAUUUGGGAGUUAGUAUGUUUCGGGAGGCGAGACAUCAUUUGGCUGCGGCAACGAUGAUUAUGUCGCAGCAUGAGACUAAAAUGGCUGCGGAGGAAAUGAAUGAGGAACAAAAGGCAGCGGCAGUGGAGAAUUUCCAACAUAGAUAUGCUGAUGUAGCUCGGUGCUGGGCCAAGUAUGGGCUGGCAUUGUUGUUGGCUUCCAAAGAACGUUUGUAUAGUGACGAUGAGGGAAAGUUAGCUGCGGAUGUGAAAAAGCUAAAAGUAAGCCCCGACAUGUAUAAAUUUCCAGAUCUUAACCUGGGUGCCUUCGAAAAUUGCGUUUCUGCUGAUUACUGUUUGACCUUUGAAGACGCCAAAUUGAUUUACCAUUUUGUCAUCAAGUGGCUUGACGUGGCCAAAGAAUACUACACUGCUGACAAAGAAGCCACCGAAUAUGCAAAGAUAAUCACAGACUACGCCGAAUUAUAUCAACACAUGGCAUUCUUCGAAGAAGAUCCAACUAAUCAAUCCCGUAUGCACAAACGACGUGCAACUUACUUCGACGAUCUUCUCGAUCUCCUUAAUCCUACAUUCUAUUUAUCCAUUUGCCGAGAGUGUUGGUAUGGAGCUGGUUUGGCCUACUCAGCAAUGCUGGACAUUAAGCUGGACAUGAUCAAGGCUCAUAGUACUCCAACUCCGCAAGAAAUUCACAAAAUCAAUCAAAUCUGUAUGAAAGCAAUUAAACAUUUUGAAUCAUUCGAAAGAUCGCACAUGAACAAGGAGAAAACCGAACUUCUGCCAAAUCUUACACCUGAUGAAGCUUUGGGUGUAAUCUAUGCAUAUUUCUAUAUUGGACGUUUGUACUACAAACUAAUCAAUCCGGAUCGAUCUCAAAUGUUGGUUAACAUUAGAAAUAGUUUAAAGUACUAUCAAAUGUUUAUAGCUGAAUGUGAGAAUCGAGAAGAAGCUGCUAAAGCUUUGAAAGCUGAAAUCGGGGUGUGCAAGGAAAUGGUCCAUCUUUUGCCUUUAAAAAUAAAUAGUUUAUGCAAAGAACUCAAUGUACCAGUUUAAGUCAUUUAAUUUUAUAUACAAAAAAAAGGAAAAUUAUAUUUAUUUUGUUUACGUUACGUUAAUAUUUGAAUGUUUUGACCAAAAAUUGCAUUUCAAUAAUUCUUAAAAAAAAAAACAAGAAAAUAUUCCCAAUCACAUCUAUUUACUAAUAAAUAGAUAAAUAAAAGCAAAUAAUUAAUAUUAAAUAAA